UCAAUCCGUGACGUGUGGUUUGCGUACCCGUGAUUCGUGGUAGUUUUUUUCUGUGCAUUCAGAAGCAAUAAAAAGCAUUGUGAAAUCAAAAUCGAUUCACUGUUUGGUGAUUGUUAAAUUCAUGGCUCUUGGCCAGAUGGAUCAAUUGUAAAAUUUGUGUGCUUUGUCCUGUAUAGCAGAGAAGUGGAUUCUCAAAGAGGAGUGGUGCAGAUAAGUAAAAAGGUUAUACCACUCCGCAACUUGUUUAAGUGUGAGAUACGGGAGCAGAUAGCUGCGCCAUACUGUGUAAUUGUGUGUUACUUGCCUCCACGAAUGACGGAUGCUGUCUGUAAAUGUGGUAUUCGAAGUAGUAAAUCAGUUACCGUACCAGUCCAGCUGUUGGAUGGAAAUUUAAUUUCCAUUGAAUACUUCAAAUAGAAAAAAAGUCAGAUCUUGGAGUACGAAUUUAUGCAGAUUUAGCUUUGAAAGUAGAAUCAACGCAUUAAAAAGUACAUCGUUUAUACUUACACCAGCUACAGAGAGCAAACUGUGCAAAUGUACCUAGCUCUCAUUCAGUGUAGUUACCUUUGAUUCUCCCUCCUCGAAUCCGGAGCAAGGUGUCUGCUGCACAAAAAGUAUUUUUCAGUUUCGAAAGUGUGAUGUGUGCAAAUAAGGAAAAGUAGUGAUCAAGAGUUCUGAACUACAAAUGUGAACGGAAAUUGUAACUAAACAGUGUUGAUUGGUUUUUAUGUCGAAGAACUAAACCAUUUUAGAAAUCCCUUAGUGUGCUCUACAAUGCUGUGUUUGAACAACUUAUACUAAAUAAGUCACCCAUUUAAUUACUGCAGAUUCCCGAGCAGCCAAUGCAAAGUUGUUGGCCAGUCGAAGAAUAUUGAAGAAACUCUUGGCUCUGGAUGAAAGAAAAUCCGAGUGAGAAAAGUCUUGUCUUGAACCGGAGCAGACUAGUUGUGUCCGUGUCGACAACGGCGGCAGCGAUUGCAAAGACUGCACACAAAUACAUUCACAGCUAGAGGCCAUUCGCACUUUUCGGUGUUUGACAUCAACUUGUUCAGUUUGCAACGUGAGUUAUACUAGCUUUACGCGUCUCUGGUGACGUCUAAAUUAAGAAGAUAUAUCGCGCUCUCGAGAACUGUAUGUCAGCACGCGUAGCGCUUGCUGCCUCUUCUAGUGCCACCGAGGCGAUUUUCCCGAUUUCAUACGCACAAGUUGUUCGGAGGUACCUGCAAACUGUCGGUGGCCCUGGUGGUCAUCGAAUUCGGAUAGAGCAAUUCCUAUAGCUUUGACAACGACCAGUUUGACUUUGUAGGUUGUAAAACCACCGACGAAACGGCUCAUACUGUGGUGCGUGCGAAACCAAACGUAAUUUACAGACAAGUGCGAAACUAACUGGCCUAGCAAUGAUAUUACUUGAAGGGUAGGGUAAGACAAGCAAUCCGCUAAUUCGGCGAAGUGAAUGAUUGUGAUAGCAAUCGAUAGUUUUGAUCUGUGUUUCAAAGAAUAAAAUGUUACAGAAAUUGUGUCUGCUCAUGAAAAGAAAUCUCAUUUUCGGAAUGUUUCCUGUUCGCGAGUGAAUGAGGUUAUCUGGUUUACGCAAUUUCUACACCAGCUGUUCGUAUAGUGAAUAUAAGGCUAAUUUCGAUAUUUGCCGAUGAGCGCUUAAUUAAACACACGUGCGUUUUGCAACUUGGUAGUGAUUUUGCGCCAAGCUAGAGGGCAGUAUACGGAGGAAUACCAAGAAGGCAAAUGUUUACUGAUUCCAUCAUCGAGUGGAGAUAAUCGUUCGCAGAUUAGAGCAAAUCAGACGCCACAGUCGAAGAAGUGGCAUCUGGAAGUUGGAAUUUUCAUGCCGCUGGCCAAAGUCUGAAGCUGACAACUUUCCUUGCCCCGCAUGUUCCUCUGUACAUACGCGCAACGGAGUUCCUAAACAAUCCGCACUGAUACGGCUUCCUCACAAUAUACGGAUAGCCGUUUCAGUGAGAGAAUAAUCGAAUCGCGGACUUGAAGACAAGGAGAAGAGCGACGCUGAGUCAAAGUGCGGCUGGAAUUUUUCGUGGGCGAAAUUUUAUCAACAAAAGGCCGCCAACCUGGAACUCAUGGAAUUAGAGAAUAUCGUGGCCAAUACGGUCUACCUGAAGGCGCGCGAAGGCGGAUCAGAUAGUAAUAAGGGCAAAAGCAAAAAAUGGCGCAAAAUUCUGCAGUUUCCACACAUAUCGCAAUGCAUAGAUCUCAAAAACAAAAUAGAUGUAAGUUACGGUUACGUAGUUGAUCAGCAGCCCAUUGGACGCGAGUUGUUCUACCAUUUUUGCAAAGUCAAACGACCACAGUAUUUCCGGUAUCUCUCGUUCCUGGAUGACGCCUCCAAGUAUGAAAUCGCAGCCGACGAGAAUCGCAUCGACCUCGCGUAUGAAGUGGUCAAACGAUAUCUGGGCCUGUGCGUCGAUAGCAGCCAUGUGACUGAGGACAGCGGCGGCGGAGGCGGCGGUGACGGAGACGAUGGGAAAUGUGACGACGAUAGUGGUAUCGGUGGCGACACUAAGAAAAUCACCAACCACGACGAUCAAAUUGACAAAAAGAGCUUAACCGGAUCAAACUCGUUGGCCAAUCCCGCAAGCGUCAUCAGUAGCGCCACUAAUAAUAGUAGUAAUCAGAAUGCAACAGCCAAUAACGUUAUCAAGAAAGCUUACGCCGACAAUGAUUGCGUACUGGAUGUCCUGAAUGACGAUAUUGUAGCACAAGUGCGGAGUAAACUGUCAACUUGCAGCAAAGAAUUGUUUGAAGCAUCAAUAAGCGCCGUCAAAACAUUCCUAGAGGGAGAGCCUUUCCGAGAAUUCGAGGCAUCAAUGUAUUUUCACAGAUAUUUACAAUGGAAAUGGUUAGAAGCACAACCAGUUACUUACAAAACUUUUCGCAUGUACCGGGUCUUAGGAAAAGGCGGAUUCGGCGAGGUGUGCGCAUGUCAGGUACGUGCCACUGGGAAAAUGUAUGCGUGCAAGAAACUAGAAAAAAAGCGCAUCAAAAAGCGAAAAGGCGAGUCUAUGGUGCUUAUCGAGAAGCAAAUCCUUCAGAAAAUCAAUUCUCGAUUCGUAGUGAACCUAGCUUAUGCUUACGAAACUAAGGACGCGCUGUGUUUGGUGUUGACGAUUAUGAAUGGUGGCGAUCUUAAGUUCCAUAUCUAUAAUAUGGGUGGAGAUCCGGGUUUUGAAUUGAAUCGGGCUCGGUUCUAUGCUGCUGAAGUAGUUUGCGGGCUGGAAAAUCUCCAUCGAAUGGGGAUAGUAUACCGGGAUUGUAAACCGGAGAAUAUUCUUUUAGACGAUCACGGCCAUGUACGGAUAUCUGACUUGGGUCUAGCGGUAGAAAUUCCUGAGGGAGAAAUGGUUAGGGGGAGGGUAGGCACCGUAGGAUAUAUGGCUCCCGAAGUUAUUGACAAUGAGAAAUACGCCUUUUCGCCUGAUUGGUUUAGCUUCGGCUGCCUGCUGUAUGAGAUGAUCGAGGGACAAGCUCCGUUCCGAGCUCGCAAGGAGAAGGUUAAACGAGAAGAAGUUGAUCGAAGGGUCAAGGAAGACGCGGAAAAAUACUCACACAAAUUCAGCGAUGAUGCCAAAUCUCUGUGCCAACAACUACUAAUGAAGGCUGUUAAAAAUAGACUGGGCUGCCGAAGUGGGCGGCAAGGUGCUCGAGAAAUCAAACUGCAUUCAUUUUUCAACAGUAUUAACUGGAAACGGUUGGAGGCGGGUUUGGUAGAACCACCUUUUGUGCCCGAUCCUCAUGCUGUUUAUGCCAAAGACGUGCUCGAUAUUGAGCAAUUUUCAACGGUGAAGGGAGUAAACCUGGAUGCCACCGAUGAAAAUUUUUACUCGAAGUUUAACACCGGCUCUGUGUCUAUACCCUGGCAAAACGAGAUGAUUGAAACAGAGUGUUUUCGGGAGCUGAACGUGUUUGGACAGGACGAAUGUCCCACGCCAGAUUUGCUCAUCAAUGCACCGCCGGUUGUUGAAAAACCAGGUUGCUUUCCAUUUCGAAGAAAGAAAAAGCAAUCCGCCCGAGAGAAACCGGUUCCGUUUAACGAAAAGUUGCUUUCCUCUAGUCAAACUACUGUUACAAUCAGUCAAGCGCAGGACGAAAGCUGAUAGUACAGUGGUGCUAAUCCAUAGAAAAUAUCUGAACUGCAGGCACCCACAGCGAUAAUUCAAGCAACAGAAAAUAGCAUCUGCACAAACAAGGAAAAUAAUUAACACACACUAUUUUAAAACAGCGACAUUUUACAGCUAUAGUUGCGACAAGGAAACGUAUGGUAAAGUUUAUUCCAGGCGAAGUGACUGUAGAAAGCUGGUUUACAAAAGCACCCAGGAAGCUAAUUCAGAUUUAAUACCAACUCUGCAAUGAAUGAAUGCAAUCUGGAUCUUUCGGCAGCCUGAACCCGAAACAGAUGUAGUUUCUUUUCGUCUGGUGCAACGCAAACCUGUCGUUAAUAGACGAAGAGUGAAAUCUUGGAAUAAGAAAUUUUUAAAUGUUAUUUUUAAAUAAUCACUCACACGCAGCAAUUAUCAGUUAUUUAUUUUAACAAACAGUUAGAAUAUUUUGUUUUGUAUAUUUUUGUUUUAUAAGUAGUUAAAUAUUUUUUCUUCUCGAUAGAGUUUAGUAGUAUUUUCAAAAGGACGUGAUUUUAUUUGAUAAUUUAGCGGUAGUGAAAAAUUAAGAAGUGUACAUUGCUCCAAUGUACCCAUAAAUUUUAUGAAUAGUAGGCUUAAACUGAAACUUAUACAUGUUUUGCGCGAGAAACUAGAGAGAAACAAAGUUGAUUAAAAUUACAGUUUCUCAUCAGUGAAAAUUGGUGAGAAAUGUGAUAAUGAAUAAAGAUGUAGCUUAUUUUUUCCGAGCACAAAAGUGUAAUCAAGGGAAGGAUGACGUUUUUUAUAACAAUCUGUAAUCAAUAUUACUAUCUGUAUCUGUAUCGAGCUCAUAGACGUAAACAUUUAAAAACUACUUCAACUCGAAUAACAAAAAAAUCGUGCAAUGAUAGCAAGAAGUAAAAUAAGACACAAAACAUUGCACAACAUCAAUAACUUUAUACGCCAAAUCAUAUUGAGCGAAAAUUUAGUCAUACUCAUUGAAUAGAGAACCUUUUCCGCUAAAUGAAUAAGACAGACUUGAAGGCAUGCAUAUAAAUUUAAUUACACGUUUGUUCUCUACCGAAACAUAGAGGGUUUAAAAUGGCUGAGAACCAAUGAUAAUUGUCUAAAAACUACCUAGUUGAAAAUUGAGAAGUCACCCCUGAUCCUGUUUUUCCAUUAAUUGAUUUCGAAGCGAAACUUUUUAAUACUCUAUUUCACCACCACCUACGAGUUUGUUAAACGUUACGAUAACCGAUUUAUUUCAAAAGAACUUCUAUUUUUUCUGUAAUAUAUUGGCAUGUUUUAAUUUCUAAUUGGAAGAAUAGUGCACAUCAACCAAAAAUCGAAUGUAAUGCUAUUGAAAUUAUUUGAUUCUGUCCUAUUAUACAUUAUACACCAACAAGAUGGCUAAUGUCUGCAUUUACUCAUGCUGCACUUUUUUCAUUUUCAAGUACUUUGUUGUGUCUAAAUUAAAAUGUUAUAUGGUAGGUGAACGUAGGAAAUGUAGCUCAUAUUUGCAAGCCUUACUGUACGAAAUAUUGCCACUUUACUUUAGAUCCGGAUGAUCAGGCACAUGAGUAAUUCCGCGUUUAUCCUGGUUUUAGUCAUAAUACCAGAGAGUGCAGAAUUGUAGAACAUAUUGUUCUUAAUCGGUUAUAAUCUGUGCUUAGGUGGGCAUCUUGUACAAAAUUGCUUUUUUUAUCUGUUUGAUGAUUUGUUGUCAUUAAUUAGAAAACGGUUUUGAAAUAGGUUCUUAAGUGAUAUCAAUGUCGAUACUCGGUUUCACACUGAGAACUAUUUGCGUAUUGUUUUCGUAAUUGCUUCUCUAGCUUCUCUAGCUUAUUCGAUUAUGAGUAUUGUACCAUUUUAGGAAUCACAAAGAAUGUAUAAUGUGGUAGGUAUCCGCUUUGAAAAACCUGACAAUUUAAAAGAAAUCAGUUCCAUGUCGAUGAAUAAAAACAUACUAUUUGCUAAUACCCGGUUCUAAUGUAGACGAUCAUUGUAACAAGUUUAUAUGAUGCGGUUAACUAAAUGAUAUUGCCAGAUAAAAAAUUUUUCACAAAAUAAUCACAAAUUUUAGGCAAAACCGAGAUGAUUAGAAUGUGAACAUAAUGCGUGAUAAGAUGAGCCUGUCGUAUACCAAGAAUAUAAAACAAACUGUAUAUAAAGCACAAAUUAAAAAAAAUCGAGAUUAUGAGUUUCAACAACAAAGGCAGGAAACAGUGCUUACUUAAAUCCAACUGAUAAUCAUUAGCAUGCAAACAAGAAAACAAAUUUAACAUUAUUAGAUACAGGCAGUAAACAGUGCUAGAUGCCAUUUUAAAACCCAUGAAACAUACAUCAUCUGAUAUCGAACCUAAUCAUUAGCAAGAUAAUGUAGUGCUGAUCGCAGCAAAUUUACGACGAGAUGAGAAAAAUAAGCUCAAAUAUACAACAGACGUUCCCACAUGAAAACAAACACUCAAUUUUUUUGUAUAUUAACGAUUAAUGGUUUUGAGAAACUGAAGAGAGUUUUAUAUUGUAUCUGAAUAUACCUAGCUGCUAGUCUCCAUAGUUACAAAGAAAAAAAUAAAAUGUUUCAGACACCGUACUAGAAUGAAUAAAUAUUCCAAAGACAUGAACUCAUUCUCCAUAAACAACAGCCAUGAUUCCAAACAACUCUUAAUGGCAGGUAUUACUAUCACCAUUUGAAUAUAUGUUCAAAUAGAUGGAAUUCGCUUUCUAAUGCAAACAAACCGUGGAAGAGUUUUUUUUAAGAAUUAGAUAGAAUAAAAACUCUUAUCCGGUUAAAUUGCACAAUGGAGCUAUCCCUAAAACAAAUGUUUAAGAGUUGGUUUCAUUUCAUUUGUAAAAAAACUGAUAACGGAACAAAUCCAAUGUUCUCAAAACAACCUACACCGUUUCGACGAAAAGAAAUACAAUGCCAUAUUAUUCUGCCCACUUAUUCCCAAUCUCGAAGAAUAUUAUUGCCAAAUGAUAAAACGAAGUCAUUUCUGUCAAUCACAAUAGCCAAUUAAAAUGAAUCCUGGUAUCUAUAGGUUUCACCUGGAAAUUAGAAAGAAAGCUAAAAAUAACACAUGAUAACCAGCAAACAAUCAUAUAACCAUGGUGUAUCCAUGGAAAUUUCAUCUUUCGUUACUACUCGUGACUAUUCUUCAAAUGUAUCUAUAGUUAAGGUACAGUAGGGGAUACACUAAAGUUAUCUAUUAGCUGAACGUAAUUGGAUAUACUAACUUAUUGACUACGAACACAUUUUAAAUCUAACAAAAUUAAAUGGACGGAUUACUAGCAAGCGUACAUUUAAACAAAUGAUAUGUAUAUUAAAGUACCUAGUAAAAUGUAACGAAAAUAGUAAACCCAGAAAA